UAUGUAGUGUGUAUAGCAUAAUAAUAUAAUAUUAUUAAUAUUGUAUACGUACAUUAAAAUAUAAUAUAGAUUAAACCGAUAAGUAUGUAAAUUUUAAUAAAAGAUGUCCUAAAUAAACUAAAUAAUAUUAGAGAGAUUCAAAGUUUUUGAAAAUAUUUCAAGAAUUCAUACAUAAAAUAUGGCUAAUCGAGAUAUAUUUUCAAAACAUUUGCCGAAUAUUAAAUUAGCAACAAGAUUCGAUGCAGACGGCAAUGAAAUUCAGGUGGAAAGGCGUGAAGAUCAAGAACAAAAUGCGAAAGAACAAGAAAUAUUUGAUAUAUUGGUAGCAGCAGGAUAUUUUAGAGCCAGAAUUAAAGGUCUUUCUGCUUUUGAUAAAAUUGUUGGUGGUAUGACUUGGUGUAUUGAAUCUUGUGAUUUUGAUGUAAAUGUUGAUUUACUCUUCCAUGAAAAUCUCACAAUUGGUCAAAAAAUUGCAUUAACCGAAAAAAUAGUUACAGUUUUACCUAAAAUGAAGUGUCCCUAUUUAAUCGAACCCCAUCAAAUUCAAGGCUUAGAUUUUAUAAGUAUUUAUCCGGUUAUUCAAUGGCUUGUCAAAAGAUCUGUCGAAAAUCGAACUGAAAAAGCAGAACGAUUAAAAAAUUUUGCAGUGAAUCAAUUUCAUAAUUAUCUACAAUUUAAAGUUGAUAAAGAAAAUUGCGAAAAAGUAAAGAAUGCCUAUGAAAAUGUAAAAAAGAUUCAAGAAAUAUAUAGUCCGAAACGUCAAUAUAAAAGAAAGGAAGCUGGAAAUGAGGAUGAAAAAACUCGUGUAAGAAUCACUUUAUUAGAAUAUGGAAAUAAAGGUGCUGCAUUUAAUUUUGGAUCUCCAAUGAUAGUAAAAAAUCCGUCGUUAAAAUCUUCUGACGAUUCAUCUGGUGGGGGUGAACUUGAUGACGAAUUAAUAUUAGAAAAGGAGAUUGAUGUUGAGCAGCUGCUUAAAAAUCUUUACGUUGCUAAAGAGGAUGAUACUCCACUUCAAUUAGCAUUAACGGAUUCGGAAAGAACAACUAUAAAAAAACAUUAUGCUGAUUUAAAACACGAAAUGGAAAUUGAUACGAAACAAUUAUCGGAGCAAAGUCAAAUUAAGGCUUUAGAAACAACAAAAGCGGCUUUGGAGAAAAAACUUCUUAGAGUUCGCGUGGAAAAUGAUGAGCUUGAAGAAGAACGUCGUAAAGUUCAAAAACGUAUUGAUGAUCAAAUGGAUAUGGAGGAAAAACUUAAAAUUGAAAUUAAAGAAUUUGAAAAAUCUGAAGCUAAAAGUGAUAAAAAAGUUCUUGAUAGAAUAUAUCAAUUGGUAAAUGAAAAUGAAGAGCUCAAAAAGGAAGAAGUUAAAUAUAAAGAACAUUGUAGACAAGAAUUGGCACGUUUGCAACAAGAAAUAAAAGAAACUGAAGAAUUAUCAUCUGAAAAUGGGUUUGUUGAUUCUAAAGAAGUUUUAGACAAUGAAAAAGAAAAAUUGCAACAUUUAAGGUUGCAAUUGGCUAAGAAAAAUCGUGCAAUUAUGUCAAUUCAAAGGCAACUUGAUAACAUUCCAGAUCGAACAGAAUUAGCGCAAUAUCAAAGGCGUUUCUUAGAAUUAUAUAAUCAAGUGAGCGCAAAACAUCGAGAAACAAAGCAAUUUUAUACGUUGUAUAACACCCUGGAUGAUACAAAACUUUACUUGGAAAAAGAACUUUCACUUUUGAAUUCGAUUUAUGAAAAUUAUAAUGAGGGAAUGACAAACCAACAAUCAAGAGAUCAAUUUAUAAAACAAUUUGAAACUAUUGUCGAUGGUGUUAAACAAACACAAGCCAAAGUUAAAAAGAAAUGCGAUGAUGAAAAAGCUAAAAGAGAUUCCUUGAACGCGCAAUUAAUGUGUCUAAUUGAACAACAAAGAAAAUAUGCUGGUGCCGUUAAACAACUAACUAAAGAAUGCCAAAAGAAUGAAGCACUAUUAUUGCAUUUAAAAUCUAUUCAGUAAAAUGCAGAAAAAAAAACAUUAUUAAUGAAUAGCACAGCAAGCAUAUAUUGAAAUAUUUAACAGGACCCAGAUUAAGUCGUUAAAUGAACCCACCUCCUCUUUGUGUAUUUAAUAAUUGCCCGGUAUUAUUGUGCACCGUUCACUACCUAGGGUAAUUUAUCACAGUUAACCUAUUAUUUACUUUUUUAAAAUGUUCAAAUAAAGAUAUAGUAACUCUUUCCGUCAUUCCAGUUGAUUUAAAAAUCAAAUGCCCAGAAAUCGACAUUAAUGAAUAUAUAAAAAAAAAAUUGCUGUUACUUAUAAACAGCCAUUUCUUUUGUAAUUUAUGGAAAUUAUUUAUAAUUUAACUGUGACUUUGCAGUGCACAAUUAGAAAUAUGUUUGAUGAGAAUAAUGAGAAAAGACAAACGAAGCCUAGGAGUUUAUUUUAAUUAUUUUAUUGUUUUACUUUAUAUUUAAGGAGAUAUAUUGCUAAUGUAUCAUAAUUUCUUAUAACUUGCAUAGCAGUCUAUGCCAUUUUCUCCCUAAGAUCCUGAAAAAAAGCCCUUCAGUUUUAUCAAAUCAUCGUAAAAUAUUAAAACAGUUCGAAAUAUUCCAAUAUACUGCUAUAAAAUAUAUAUUAAGAUAUGUUAUGUAUUAUUGUAAACUAGCUAUAUUUAUAAUUUUAAGAAUGUAAUUUUCGUAAUUAAAACUUUUUGCUGAAUAUAUUGUAACAAUACAUUUAUAUAGUAGACAUUAUAUUAUAUCAUGUUGCGUAAAAAUUAUGAGAUGUAAUUUUGUGAUUCUCUUGUUAUCUAAAACAAUAUAUAAAA